AUCUCUGUAGGUAUCUUGAUAGUUACAAUGAUGUGGGUAGGCUAAGCGAUUGGUGAAUAAAGUAGUCUAUGCUCGGUAAAGGUCGUUUCAAUAUCACCUGACAUGGCGCAGUCGGUUUUUAUAGUUAAAAGUGAUUAAUUUAGUGAUUCUGACUACUUAUCAAGUGCAAAAAAUAAACUGUGAGUGAUUUGCGAUGGAGUCGACACUUAAACCUCCAUCUCCGUUUUGUUUUGAAAACGAUAUCGCGAGUGUAACUACGGGCAAUCUUAGCAGACAAUGGUCAAAAUGGCGGAAGUCCUUUGAAACAUAUUCAAAAGCAUGUGAAUUCGGCAAAAAGACCGAGGAUGUACAACUUAGCAUAUUAUUGCAUUUUAUUGGGGAACAGUGCAGAGAAGUAUAUGACCAAUUCACGGAGACGUUUGCGACAACAAAAGCCUUAUUAGACAGAUUUGAUAAAUAUUUUUUGCCUACGAAGAACUUAACAAUGGAGCGACACAAGUUUUUUAUGCGUAAUCAAUUGGACGGUGAAUCAACUGAGCAAUAUACGUUUGAGCUAAAAAGAUUGGCGAAAACUUGUGAGUUUGGAGAGUUGAACGAUGACCUCAUAAAAGUUAGGCUGAUAUGUGGUCUCACUGAGGAUGCUUUGAGAGAACGGUUGCUACGCGAAUGUGACCUCACACUAACGAAAGCGAUGGAUAUCAGUAGGAUAGCGGAAAUGUCGCGAGCACAAGCGAACCAUAUUAAGUCGGAGAAAGGACCUGACAGUCACAUUCACGAGGUCACCGAGCAAGAGCGAGAAGAAAGAGUAUGUGAGGUACACUUCAGGCGCCGGACGGCGCCACCUGGACGCCGCGGGUCGCCUGCGCCCGCCGUGUGCCGUUGUGGCGUCCGCGCCGCCAGUCAGCAUCGCGCGCGCGCCGCGCCGCCGCUGUCAGCCAACCGGGAUGGCAGUGAUGGAAUGUCACCGGCACCGCGUCAAAAUGGGCAAUUUAGCAGGAAAAAUAACAAGAAAUGCGACUAUUGUGGUCGGGUGCAUGAUAGAUUUAAAUGUCCGGCGUACGGCCAGCGAUGUACUCGAUGCAAUAAGGCAAAUCAUUUUGCUAGGAUGUGCCGUGUGUACAUGGUACAGGAGAACUCCACUGAUCAGGACAGUGAGGCCUCCUGAUCGGUGGGGAUACUCCGCACCUGGUGUACCGCAAGUGAAUAAUAAUAACAAUGAUAAUUAAUUCUAGUUGUAAGAAAAUGAUCAGAUGAUGUGUUAAAUUUGAAUGUAAUUAAACAUGUCACGGGUCUUGAGUUGAUUUUGCAUUUUUUUUACGAAUUUGGUAAUUGAACAUCAUGCAUGCAUAAACUCGUAAAACCUAAGCUAAAACCUUUUUAGUACAAUUCUAAUAUUAUGUGACACCACAGCAUGCGGGUGAACAUGUUCAUAUAGUUACUAAAUAAAAAUAAUAAAAUUAAAUAGUUAUGAGUAUCUUACCAAUUAAUUAUGUUACGCAUAAUUAAUGAAGCCAAUUUUACUUAUUCAAUCAAAUUAACUAUUCGUAUAAUAUAAUAUUAAUGUCAAUACGAUGGAAUGUUACGAUUAAAAUUUAAGGAAAGAGGAUGAGUUAAUGGGUUCAAUUCCAUACAUCUUGUACAAUUUAAUUUCUUUUGUAACAGGGGAGUUGUAGGUAUCUUGAUAGUUACAAUGAUGUGGGUAGGCUAAGCGAUUGGUGAAUAAAGUAGUCUAUGCUCGGUAAA